CUUUCGGGUAAUGCAUGUCAUUAGGGUACCAGGAAGGUGGUGGUGGCAGAUCAACUCGACACGCUGUUAGAUGCUAGAAUUAAGAACAAAUCAGUCGCGGAAGCCCCGCGGCUCGAAACCGGGCGGACAGUUGAUCGAUGGGCUUGGAAGUGGACGGAGUUAGGGAUACAGUACAGAGAAGGAGAGUUUGAAAUGGCGCGAUCGUCGGUUAUUGUUUUGCUGUUGAUCUGUUUAGGGUCUGUUGUGGCUGGUCAUGCCGUCUACAACAGUUCGGCGCCGUUCGUGGUGGAAGACGAGGACGCCCUGCUGACGGUGCCCCAGCUGAUCCGCAAGUACGGUUACGAGGUCGAGGAGUACCAAGUGCCCACCGAGGAUGGCUACCUGCUGGCAAUGUACCGCAUUCCGUCCCGCACAAACUCCGGCAAGCAUCCGGUCUUUAUGAUGCACUCGCUGUUCUCCAGCUGCUCGGAUUGGGUUCUGAUCGGGCCGAAACAUGGGCUCGCCUAUCUGUUGGCCGAUCGCGGUUACGACAUCUGGAUGGGAAACGCCCGCGGGAAUCGAUACUCCCGAAACCACGAACGCCUUGCGGUGAACUCCGCAGAGUUCUGGGACUUUACCUUCCACGAAAUCGGGUUCUACGACGUUCCGGCGUUGAUCGACUUUGUCCUGGAUCGCACCGGGUUCUCCAAACUACACUACAUCGGAUUCUCGCAGGGCGCCAUGACUAGCUUCAUCGCAUUGACCAGUCGACCCCAGUACAACGCCAAGAUCGUCCAGUUGCAAGCGCUUUCCCCUGCAGUCUACAUGUACCGCAGCCUGAGUAGCUUCAUCCGACUCGGAGUCACCCUGCGGCAAGAGAUCGAGGCAGCGUUCGACGCCGCAGGCCUCCUGGAGGUCGUCCCUCACUUCGAACAGCAGUACCACUUUUGGAAGUGGCUAUGUCCGGCCCCCCAGCAAACCGCAUGUCGAACGAUCAUCUACAACGUGGCAGGCGCGAACCCCAAACAGCUGGACGUCAAAAUGCUCCAAAUAUUCCUCGGCCACUUCCCGGCGGGAGCUUCCGUCAAGCAGGCCCUGCACUACCUCCAGAUCAUCACCGAUGGCAUCUUCCGACAGUUUGACUACGAAUACCCAACCAAAAACGCCCUGGUCUACGGUAACUCCACAGUUCCUCGUUACAACCUGUCCAGGGCAACCGCCCCCGUUAGAACUUAUUACGGGUACAACGACAACGUGGUCAACUACCUGAACGUGCUGCAGCUGGAGCGGGAAAUCCCGAACGUCGUGGGAAGCUACGCGGUGCCGGACAAGCGGUUCACCCACGCCGACUUCAUCCUGGCCAACAACGUCAAGGAAGUGCUGUACGACGAGGUCGUUCGGAACGUGGAAAGAGCGGAGCGGGACGCUUCCUGAAGUGACUUGCGUGCAAGUUGCAUUGUACAUAUCGGAACUUGUAUAGAAGAAAUUUUGUAAAUAUCGAAUAGACAUCGCUAACGAAACCAAGGAGAUUGAGACGAAAAUAAAUAAGCAAAUUUAAAAAACUCUUA